AUGAUAACAUGGAUUAACUUAAUGGAAUCUAGUGCAGCAAUUCUAUCAGAUUCGAUGUUAAUUGCAAAAGCUCUUAAAUUUGGAAAAAAUUUUCCAGAAUUUAAAGCAAGUCAUGGGUGGCUAAAAAAGUUUAAAUUACGAAAUGGUAUCAAGUUAAGAAAAUUUCACGGAGACAGUGGAUCAGUAAAUCAUGAUGAAAAAUCUAUUGCUGAUUUUAAUGAAACAAUCAAUUUAAAAUUGAACAAUAUGGAUUGGAAAAUGUUUAUAAUGCAGAUGAAACUGGUGUUUUUUACAAGGCGAUUCUUUGUCACGUUAAACUCAAUUGAAAUUCUUUUUUUGUCUCCUAGAACUUCCUCGCUCUUGCAACCAAUGGAUCAAGGAAUUAUAAAAUGUUUUAAAGCCGAAUUUACCAAUUUGAAAACAAAUGAUAUAAUCGAAAAGGUUGCGGCAGGGGAAAAUUGUCAAAAUGCAAUUAAUGCAAUCACCCUUAAAACUGCUGCGACAAUAACAUUCUUCGCUUGGAAUAAAGUUACUCCUACGACCAUCAAAAAUUGUUUCCGUUAUGCACAAUGGAUAAAAUGUGAAACAAUCACAAUCAACAGUGAAUCUAAGAACUACGAAAAUAAUUAUGAAGAAAUAAUUAAGAAAUUUCAAAUUGACGAUCCAAUAUCUUGUAGUCAAUUUGUUGAUUCGAGAGGUUUUACUGUAUUAUUAAAAAUAAACGUCUCCCAAAACUAA